UAUAAAAUAAAGCACCUAAGCAUGCAGACGGCUUCUACAAACAUUUGUGAAAGAAUGGGUCACUCUCAGGAGCUCAGUGAAUUCAAGUGUGGUACCGUGAUAGGUUGCCACCUGUGCAAUAAGUCCAUCCGUGAAAUUUCCUUGCUACUAAAUAUUCCACGGUCAACUGUUAGUGGUAAUAUAAUAAAGUGGAAGCAACUGGGAACAACAGCAACUCAGCCACAAGUGGUAGGCCAGAUAAAAUGACAGAGAGAGGUCAGCGCAUGCUGAAGACAGAGUUUGCAGAAGUUGCCAACUGUUUGCAGAGUCAAUAGCUAAAGACCUCCAAACUUCAUUUGGCCUUCAGAUUAGCACAACAACAGUGUGUAGAGAGCUUCAUGGAAUGGGUUUCCAUGGCCGA